UUUCUAAAUAAUAAACGUUAACAAUGUCUACCGUUCAAAACGAAAUGCCGCCAAACAAAACUUUUAUCCAGAUGUCGGGUACGCCGGGCUCUGGCAAAAGCACAAUAGCACGACUCCUCCGCGAGGCCCUCGGCGGCGUCAUUGUUGACCACGACGUCCUGCGAUCCUCUCUUCUUGAAUCUGAUCUUUUGCCUUUCGAUAAAGCUGCCAAGCAAGCCUACAUGCUACAGUGGAAGAUUGCCGAAGACCUCAUUAAGCAGGGCCACAACAGCGUCAUCAUCGACGGCACAUGCAACUACCCGCAGGUGAUUGAGCAGGGCACUUCCCUUGCGGACCACGCCUGCGUGCUCGCACGCCAAUGAUAAGCCAGCGCUCUGCUGUGGACUGUCCGCCUGCUGCUGCUCAAGCUGGCGGCAUUCACACCAUGGAGAAUGCGCGCGCUCUAUUUACUAGAUGGAUGGGUAAUCCGUGCCGACCAGAAGACACGAGCCGUAUAAUCAAGGUCGAUUCUACCCGAAAUCCAGCUUUAAUCCGCGAGGAGAUUCUGAGCAAACUCUCAAGCAGCUGAGCUCCACAUGUUUCGUCACUCAUAAGCAACCAAUCGUGUCUAAAUCUCUAUUUUCAUUAUAAAUCAUCAAGAAGCUAUUUACAUAUUACAUCUACUACAUUUAAAUGUUGACGAUCUUACCAGUCUUGGCACUCUCAAUCAUAGCCUCAAUGACGCGCAAGACAUCGCUCGCCUCGUUCGCCUUAACGGGGAUACCCUCCUCCUUACCCGACUCAAUGGCAUCGCCAAAGGCCUUGUAAAACGCCAUGUACGUCGCAGGCUCCAAAUCAGGAACAUCAGCCUUCUUCGGCAGACCGUUCUCGUCUCUCACAACCAAGUGCAUGCUCGAAGGCUCGUCCUCGCCGAAGCCAACCGCUGUCGGGGCCAUGCCGGCGAUAAUCUGGUCUUCCUGGGGAUCGACACCAUCCUUGGUGAAGCUGCCGUUGGAUCCACGGACCCAGUAGCGGCGCUGUGUGGUCUCCACGCUCUGGAAGCAGACGCGAAUGUUAACCAGCUUACCGUCAGGGUAGACGAGCUCGCCAACCACGGUGUCAGGGAACUCGAGGUCCGUGUUGCCAGCCUUUACCGAGUAAAUGCGACCAAAGACAGACGAGGGCAUGCCAAACAGCACGUAGGCCUGGUCAAUCAGAUGCGUGCCGAGGUCGUAGAGGACGCUGCCACCGCCAGACACACCGACGUCACCGCGCCAUGUGUCCUUGCCGAACGGCGCGGGGCGAUCAAAGUGUGUGUUGAACUCGAGAAUUUCACCGAGAGUGUUGUUUGCAAUGAGGUGCUUGACGGUCAAAAAGUCCGAGUCCCAGCGGCGGUUCUGGUACACGCAGAUGAGGCGGUUGUUGGCACGCGCAAUCUCGGCGAGCUUGUCGGCCUCGGCGGACGUAGGGACGAAGGGCUUCUCGGUCAGGACGUGCUUGCCGGCCUCAAGAGCGGCCUUUGUGAAUUCAAAGUGGCCGUUGGUGGGCGUGGUGAUGACGAUGACGUCGAUCUCGGCGUCGGCAAGAAGCUGCUGGUAGUCGGUGUAGUGCUUGGCGUUGGGGUGGUCCUCGAGGGAAGAGUGGCCGGG